AUGCCUCUUCAUACAUUCUUCGAUCGAGCAGGCAGGAUGCAGCCCAUCGAGCGCGCCCUCCUCGCCGCCGUCUGGGACGAUGGACUCCAGCAUCCGUGGCCGCCCUCGACCGUUGAGCUCGCGAAAAAUGUCGUUAACGGCGCCUUCCGCGACCCGCUCACAUCAUCCGCCGCUCGAAGUUUAUUCACAAUUCACGUAAAAGGCACUUCCGAAAACUGCGCGGAUCUCCCCCUAGAUAAGUGGUUUGAUUUUACCCCCACCACAUCAGCCCUCUCCGAGGAGGACGAGCUCCUCCGAUUAACUCUCGCAGCCGCAUGUCUGCAUGCUUUCAUCCAGGCAAAUUGGACGGGCCCUGAUGUGGAUGUACAGCCUCUGGAGGUUAUCUCGGUUCCUCCGGAAUUAUCUCAGAUUAUAACUGAGGAGUUAUUGAAUCAAAAAUCCACUGCGGAGCUUGCUUAUGGCGGGGAGCCAGCGUACCAUUUAUCAAAAAACCCCAUCUUCCUCCGACUCGCGAAACUCCUCUUCGACAUCCCUUAUCAUCAUUGCCAGACCGCGCCCUGGUGGAGACUUCGUACUUGGUUUGUCCACCAGCAGGUACUAGAUGAACCUACUGCAGUACCCCCGGGCGUCUUAUCAUCUGUUGAGCCGCUGCUGAAAAACCUCUCAUCCGAGCCCGAUCUUUUCGGUGCUCUCACCCUUGAGCAAGGCCUGCUCGAGCAUCUUCUGGGACACGACAAGACAGCGGCAGAGUAUUUCGUCCGCGCGGCUCGCGCGACACAACUAGAAUACGAACUUACUGGGGCCCUCGGAAAGCGCACCAAAUUUCAGCAGAAUGACAUAACCCAGCUCGUCUUGCUCGCCGAAUCCCGCCAAAGGGAGGACUGUCCACCCGAAAGCCCGGACACGGCUGAAUCAAGCGCUAAAUCGAUGCCCGAUGACUCUGAUUCGGCGGGGAACGACGUAACAAUUCCUGAGACCCUCGCCCUAAACGACGAUACACUAUUAGAGCAAACCGAAUUUACGUCCUCUUCCACAGCAACCAACACCUCUCGCCUAAAUCACAUUAAUCCGUCAUCGCAGCCGGCCCUGCACCCACUAGACCAAUGUAUCUUGCUCGCCAUGUGCCUUAAUGUCCGCAACACGUCGCCCUCGCACGGCAUCACCGCCGAGCAAAUGUCCCCUUACGUCGCGCGCGUCAUUUCGCAUCCCCGCAACUGGUCGGUGCAUACCAUGGCCCUUCUCCUGCGCUCCCGCCUCGAGUCUACACGCACGCGCACAGUAGAGCGGUCCACGCUGCAGCUCCAGGCGCUCGUCGACCAAAUGCCCACGGCCGACUCCCCAACGGCGGAGCGCCUGCGUUUCGUGCACGCGCUCCCGCUCCCGAGCCGCUGGGAGAUGGAGCACGAGCUCGCCCGCCGCUUCCUCUCGCUCGGUGUCGUCAAGUCCGCACUCGAGAUCUUCGAGCGGCUCGAGAUGUGGGAGGACGUCGUCCGCUGCUGGCAGAGUAUGGAGCGGCGCGACCGCGGCAUUGCAAUCGUGCGCGACCUCCUUGAGGGCCGCAAGGCCGAGGCGGACGUCGUCCUCGAGCGCGGGAAGGCCAAGAGCGCGACCGAACAGCGCCGCCGUACGCUUGAUGCCGCGCGAGAGGCGAAGCUGUGGUGUCUCCUCGGCGACCUGGAGCCUGAGCACGCGCGUGAGCAUUACGAGCACGCCUGGGCCGUGUCCGCGGAAACGUCCGGGCGCGCAAUGCGCUCCUUGGGCGGGUUCCAUUUCGCCCGGGCAGAAUAUCCGGAAACGAUUGCAUGCUUGAGGCGUGCGGUCGCCAUCAACCCCCUGCUUGCGCGUUCGUGGUUUAUCCUUGGUUGUGCAUACGUGCGCGUCGAGGACUGGGAGGGUGCGCGCGAGGGGUUCACACGGUGCGUUACGAUCGAUGACGAAGACGGAGAGAGCUGGAACAAUCUUGCGAGUGUCUACCUGCGUAUGGGCGAGACGGGAAAAAAGGUCGAGCCGGAAGAUGACGAGGCAGGAGACGGCAAGGUGGAAGAGAAGGUGGCGGAUCUAACGAUCUCCGAUGAGUCAAGCGGGAGCAUACCCUUCAGUAACAAGAUGCUUGCAUUCCGUGCACUUAAACAAGGGUUGAAGUUUUCCUACGAGAAUUGGCGAAUGUGGAACAAUUACAUGGUCAUCGCGAUGGACGUCGGCGAGCUAUCGGAGGCGUGCCGCGCUUUAGGCCGCGUCGUGGAAGAGCGCAGCACAAAAGAUGGCGCAGGAUGCGUAGACGAAGAGGUACUAGAGCGCCUCGUAGAUGCUGUCACACGAGCACCCGCAGACCCUGCAGAAGCUGUGGAGGGUGGCGGGAACAACGCUCAGCCCAUGCACAAUCCGAACGAGGGGCACGGCUUGCUAAGGCGCGUUACUGACCUAUUCGAGCGCACCAUUCUACCGCGUGUAUCUUCGCCACGAAUCUUUCGGGCGUGGGCGCGCUUGCUGACUUGGCAAGGACGGUGGGAGGACGCAUUGAAUGCUUACCUGGAUGGAUACAGAUGCAGUGCCGCGGGGACAAUGGAAAAGGGGGAGACAGAUGUGGUGAAGUGGCGAGAGGCUGUGACGGAGGUGGAAGAUAUCGUCGAUGUCCUGAGAAAUUUCGGGCCACGUGCAGAGUCGUUCAAUUGGAGGCUGCAGGCACGAAGCAUAGUGCGGACGUUUAUAGGACGGACGAAGGAUUUCGAGGACGAACCGGAGUGGUCCCGAUUGAUCGUAUUACAAGAAGACGUUCGCAAGGAAGGCUAG